AUGUUACGCUCUCAUUUCCUUGAAAGAAUGUACAAGUACAUUACCACUACAGAUCUAUUGACACAUAUAUCAGUAAUGAUUAUGUCUUCCAAGCUCAUAGUAUUAAUCCAAACUUUGACUCCAAAAAAACAAACAGACGAAAAGAUCAAAAGUAUUCUAUAUCCUGGCAGAAUCACACUUGUUUCCACAGAUACCUUCUUUUCGAACCCCAAAGCCAUCAUUCAACAAAAGAUCAAUCAUGUCGAACAGAUCAAGCAACAGUCCCAUUGUGGAAAAAUCACCCCACACUACAUGGCACCAAGAGAGCCAAUUGUUCUUUGUCACGGAUUAUUUGGUUUCGACAUUCGUGGGCCGCAAAACAUUCCUGCACUGCAGUUUCAUUACUGGAGCGGUGUAGAAGAAACCUUGGCCAAAUUGGGUGCCAAAGUUAUUGUCACUCGAGUUCCACAAGCUGGAAGCAUUUGGGAACGAUCUCACGCAUUGCAUACCAUUUUAAAAUCUAUUCUGGUCGGCAAAAAUGUAAAUUUUGUAGCACAUUCAAUGGGCGGACUUGACUGUAGACAUUUAUUAGCCAACACACAAGAUCGACCUUACCAUGUACAGUCCUUAACGACCAUUUGUACUCCUCAUCGAGGCUCACCUGUCAUGGAUUGGGUGAGAGAUCAUGUGGGUGUUGGUCUGUCCCAAUCUCAUAACGGACUUCAUCAGAACAGCAAUUGGUCACCAGCCACAACCACGAUUUCCACUAAAAAUAAUACAUUGCGUCAUGAUGCUGACUGUCUACCCGCCAUUGACAAGCUUGUUGUCAAUUGGUUCGAUGAACCUGCCUACGCUCAUUUGACUACUGAUUUUUGUAAUGACUAUUUUAACCCCAAUACCCCCGAUGACCCUAGCGUAAAGUACUAUUCAUAUGGUGCUGCUGCUCAGUUACCCGCUUGGUCUUCUUUACUGGGACUUCCUUGGCGCAUGGUUCAAGAAAAAGAAGGUGACAACGAUGGCUUUGUUAGUGUCAACAGUGCCAAGUGGGGAACCUAUGUUAAAACAAUCAAUGCCGAUCACUGGGAUUUAAGUGGCAAAAGCCAUAUUCCUUAUCGUCUCAGAACAUCCGGCCAAGAAUUCGAUAGAUUAGAUUUUUAUGCAGAAAUGGCUACACACCUGUACAAUCAAGGACAUUAA